AUGGAUAAUGGAGACUGGGGCUAUAUGAUGACUGACCCAGUCACGUUAAAUGUAGGUGGACACUUGUACACGACGUCUCUCACCACAUUGACACGUUACCCGGAUUCCAUGCUUGGAGCCAUGUUUGGGGGGGACUUCCCCACAGCUCGAGACCCUCAAGGCAAUUACUUCAUUGAUCGAGAUGGACCUCUUUUCCGAUAUGUCCUCAACUUCUUAAGAACUUCAGAGCUGACCUUACCCCUGGAUUUUAAGGAAUUUGAUCUGCUUCGGAAAGAAGCAGACUUUUAUCAGAUUGAGCCCUUGAUUCAGUGUCUCAAUGACCCCAAGCCUUUGUAUCCCGUGGAUACUUUUGAAGAAGUUGUGGAGUUAUCUAGUACCCGGAAGCUUUCUAAGUACUCCAAUCCGGUAGCUGUCAUCAUAACGCAGUUAACCAUUACCACCAAGGUCCAUUCCUUACUAGAAGGCAUAUCAAACUAUUUUACGAAGUGGAAUAAGCACAUGAUGGACACCAGAGAUUGCCAGGUGUCCUUUACUUUUGGACCCUGUGAUUAUCACCAGGAAGUCUCUCUCCGAGUCCACCUGAUGGAGUACAUUACCAAACAGGGUUUCACGAUCCGCAACACACGAGUGCAUCACAUGAGCGAGCGGGCCAAUGAGAACACAGUGGAACACAACUGGACUUUCUGCAGGCUGGCCCGGAAGACGGAUGACUGA